AUGGAGUCUUCGUUGGCGGGGACCGGCGAAAGUAAAUUUGGGGUGAAGCCAUCUACCACAAGAAGGCGGCGCCGCAGCCCCGUGAGGCGUGAGGAGGACCCUCACACGCAUGGAGUCGAUGAGCCCAAGGGUCAAAAGGGGGCAGUGCAGGCAGAUAAUUCACCCGAGCAGCCAGCAGCCAAACGACCACGGACGGAAUCCAAGACGCAUUCCACCUUUGUGGAGCUUCGCCGUACUCUGGUUGAUGCGGCAGCGGUGGCCAACUUCAUUGAGCAACACCACGAUACGAAGCUGCGUGAUGUGAAGCAGGUCAACAAUUUCUAUCAGGCCAUUAGCAACUGCACGGAGGACUUCUUUGCCUCACUCUGUCAAGAACACAGGCGUCAUGUACACCUCGCACUGGAGCGAAUGUUUGAACUGUAUGCGACAGGGAAGGCCACAAUAUCUCCCGCGGCACAUGAGUUUCUCAUUCGCUGUGAACAGAAUGGUGUGAAGACGGUGAAAUGGGCCACCGAACUCGAGUCCGAAGCACCAACCACUAUUGAUAAUAGUACUUCCACAGAGGGCACAGCAAUAAAGAGGCAGCAACAACAACAGCUGCUGCCAGUCUUGUUGUCCCCCCGAGAACUUCUCAAGAGACUUGCGGGUAUUGAUCCGCGCGGGAGGCUGGAACGUAUGAUAGAAAUGUGUUUCACUCUAGGCGACCUCUACACAUGCGCGCGUAAACUGUGUAAGGUGACAGGGGGUGAAAAGGGUUUGGAAUACGCAGCAACGUGUCAAUUGAUCAGCAAAACCGCCUCAAAGGCCCGCCGGAUUUGUGGGGCAGCGUUGCUUGCCGAUGAGCCACAUCUCUCUAGCGAGGAAGCGGCGACACUGAGUAACGUGAUCACCACCCUUAUUUCUGUAACGGAGCGUGCUUUGGCUGCACGACCCCCUUCCACGUCUCAACAGCCCAUCUCAAAAUUGGCUCACUUUGCCAAGUGGUGCGAGGGCUACGGACUCCUUGAAAGAAGCCACAUGGAAGCUGUUGCCGCUCUUGAGGCACAGGCGACGCGUGAUUUGGGAUUGCAGGCAACUCAACUGGAGACGGUGAUGAUGCUUAAGGCGCUUCCCACUGGUGAUGAGGCGGCGGUGCGCGCGGCCCUUGAAGGCAUAUGGAAUGAGCGGGAUUGUCAUUUUGAUCCUUACAGCGCAGACGUGCUGUCGUCCAUUGCGGUUGUGUCAGCUGCCGAAGGCAUGUCAGAUGCGUUUAGGGCUCUCGUCGCCGCGAGGCUCGUAAAGACGCAGCAACGACAACUACAUGGAAGCGGUCUGCAGCUUCCACGACGGGCGCUGAAGUUUGUGAAUGACGAAUACUCGAGAGAGAAGAAGGAGUCAAUCAAACGUAUGCUUGCCGCCGAGCAGGAGAAGAGGGAGAAAACACAGGCGACAUAA